AUGUUGGGAGCAGUUGGGAUGGAUGGAAAACGUGGGUCUAGUGGACGGUUACAGCCCACUACCCACGCCCAGAAGACUCAGCAGAAAGCAGGACCGAGUAAGGAACGUGAUACUAAAGUAGUGGGGCGGUUGAGACCCACUAUUGGCGGAUCCGGCAACACCAAAAAGUUUGCCCUUCCGGUCGACGACGAGCACAGGGCCGAGGCUUUCAGGAUAUUCUCAUUGGCGAAUCCUCACAUGAGGACAUUCCACCUCUCGUGGAUCUCUUUUUGCACUUGCUUCGUGUCUACUUUUGCGGCGGCCCCGUUGGUUCCCAUUAUCCGGGAGAAUCUAAACCUGAAGAAAGGGGACAUAGGAAAUGCGGGGGUGGCGUCGGUGUCGGGAAGCAUCUUCUCAAGGCUUGCGAUGGGUGCGAUAUGCGACCUCUUGGGGCCACGUUACGGUUGUGCGUUCCUCCUCUUGUUGUCGGCCCCGACGGUGUUUUGCAUGCCGCUAGUCUCGUCUGCAGGCGGGUACAUCACGGUGAGGUUCAUGAUCGGGUUCUGUCUAGCCACGUUCGUGUCGUGCCAGUAUUGGAUGAGCACCAUGUUUAACAGCAAGAUCAUCGGCCUCGUGAACGGAACGGCCGCCGGGUGGGGAAACAUGGGAGGCGGGAUCACGCAACUUUUGAUGCCCGUCCUUUAUGAGAUCAUCAAGAAGUGCGGCUCGACCCCUUUCAUGGCAUGGCGGAUUGCAUUCUUUAUCCCCGGAUGGCUUCAUAUUAUCACGGGGAUUAUGGUCUUGACCCUAGGCCAGGACUUGCCCGAUGGCAACUUUAGUCAAGUGCAACAAAAGGGACAAGUCACCAAAGACAAAUUCACCAAGGUGUUGUGGUACGCCGUAAUAAACUACCGAACAUGGAUUUUUGUCCUCCUCUAUGGCUACUCCAUGGGGGUUGAGCUUACAAUCGAUAACGUCGUAGCUGAGUACUUCUACGAUAGGUUUGAUUUGAAGCUCCACACAGCCGGAAUCAUAGCUGCCUCAUUUGGCAUGGCGAAUCUUGUGGCACGACCCUUUGGAGGAUUCGCAUCGGACUACAUGUCCAAAUUUUUCGGCAUGCGAGGCCGCCUUUGGGCCCUAUGGAUUCUCCAAACUCUAGGGGGAGUCUUUUGUAUCUUUUUGGGCAAAGCAGACUCCUUAAUCGCUGCCAUCGCCAUGAUGAUCCUCUUUUCGAUUGGAGCACAGGCUGCAUGCGGAGCCACUUUUGGCGUGGUUCCCUUCAUCUCUCGUCGUUCACUUGGCGUGAUUUCUGGAAUGACUGGGGCGGGAGGGAAUUUUGGGUCGGGUCUAACCCAAUUACUUUUCUUCACUAGCCCCAAGUACUCAACCGGCACGGGAUUGGUCUACAUGGGGAUAAUGAUUGUUUGUUGCACGAUGCCGUUGACUUUGGUGCACUUUCCUCAAUGGGGAGGCAUGUUUGUACCCCCUAGCAAGGAUAGGGUCAAGGGAACCGCGGAACACUAUUAUGGGUCGGAAUACAAUGAGGAGGAGAAGUCCAAGGACAUGCACCUUAGCAACAUCAAGUUCGCUAGGAACAGUUGGACCGAGCGCGGUCAAUGCUUUGGUGCGACUAAACCUGAUACCGAUCGAACAUAA